CACUUUUGACGUUUAUACAUAACCUAAAUUCCAUUAUUUUUAGAAUUACAAAUAAAUUGUUGAGUUUUAUUUCGAAAAAUAGUUAUGUGAUAAAAUUACUGAAAGAAAAGAAAUGAACAUGAGGUUAUCAUCUGUGAUGCGCCUAAUCAAUAAUCAAAGUGUAGAUGCCUUGAGAAAAUCAAUAAAAUUGGCUGUAGCUGAAGCGCCUAUCUACCUGAAUACAGUGAAAGAGGAAAAGAAGAAAAUUGUUUAUGACAAAUUAGUAAACUUGAAUAAGUGGUAUACAAAGAUUAUAGGCUUAGAUGAGGUAAAAUUGUCACAAGAUAAAGUUACAGCUUUGCAGGAACAACUCUUGACGACGCAAGACAAGCGCAGAGAUAUAGGGAAACAACUAGCUGAGGUCAGAAAGCAGUCCUUGGAAUUGCAAGAUGCAAUACAAAGGGUGAAACGCACAGAUGAUAAGUUUCUGGACCUUAUGAGGCAAGAAACAGAGGUGCUGAAGCUAGAAAAGUCAAUCGCGUCCACAUUCCAGGACUAUGACCAAAUGGAAAGAGAACUCUUCACAGCUUUUACCAAUGCGAUUAGGGACUCUCACGAAAAACAGAGGGCACAACUAGAAUAUACAAAGUACUUUGGCCUUGUGUUGAGCAUAGCCGGGUCGUUCUUAGCAUUUGUCUACUCAACAGCAAAAAAGCAUGACUUGAAAGCAUUUAUAGAAGAAAAGUUAGCUACUCUAAACAUAGAUACUGAACCGAUUGUAUCAAAUCUUGUACAAGCGAAUGAUAGAACCUUACAUGAGGUUAUGAGGAACAGAGAGAAGUUGAAUGAAGUUGUGAACUAUUUAAACCAUCAGAAUGGAGUUUUAAUUAAUGGAAGUCCGCAAGUUCAGUUACAUCCUCAAGCUGACCAGCAGAUCCACCAAAUUGGAGAUUUUAGAAUUGAUGUUGCUAAAGUUUUUAUUGGCAUGAUUAGCACUUAUUUGGUUUUUAAGAUUCUGAGUACCUUCUAAGCCUUAUUCGGAACUAUCCCAGUUCAGAAUGAAACUUAUUUAUCAUUCAAGCAUUUAAGUAUAUAGUGAUACAUAGUGCAUUUAAAAGUCUACAGGUCGGAACAUCAAGAACUGCGAUUCAAUGCAUACUGAAAAAGUUCAGUUACGAAAGUUUGGAGUCAGCGUGUAAUGAAGCGAACGAAUAUUAUAAAAAUAAUUUCAUUUCCGGUUAUAUCGGAAGUGCCAUUAUCAGUGGACGAACUUGC